AGCAGCCUGCUGGACCUCAGAGCCGGUUAGCAUCUGAAGCUAAUAGAAGCUAACGCUAGCGUGAUGUCUGCGGUGUCUAGAGUGGUUCUGGGUGUUUCUGUGGUUCUGACUCUGAGCACUGUCGCUGCUGUUCACCUCAACCAGUCCUGGGACAGACAGCGUCUCCACGAGGGCGUCGUCAGGGAUCUGGAGCGGCUGCAGAGGAAGAAGGAGAAUCUGAGGCUGCUGGAGGAGCAGAGGACUCUGACCACACAGCUGGAGGAGGAGAGACGCCGCCGGCUGACAGAGCUCCAUCCACAGGACCACUGAGA